AGAGGCAGCGGGCAAGAAGAAGGAUGUCUGUGUGAGAGAGAGAAAGAGAGAGAGGAUUUUCCACACGACGUGUGCUACCAGCAUCACAUGAGGGUGCAGGGAGGCGGGGAGGGAGGGAGGUGGUGUCUUCCAGGCCGGGAGGGCUCAGCGAUGCCUUGAUGGAGUAUGGGCCAGGUUUUAGGAUUCUCCCACUGCCAGGAAUAUGGCUCAGUGGCAUCCACUCCAGAUUCAACACCCCCAUGCACCGAUGGUGGUAAUGAGGAGUCGGAGGUGUACGAUCUGCAAACAGCGAGGGACUGGUCCGAGGACGAGGAGGUGGGGUUCGAUGACGAUGACACUCUGGCCUCGUCCCCAUCCGUCUGGGGAACGCCACGUCAGAACUCCUUCGAGCUGACCUUCUCCUACAUCGCCAUCGCUGAGCCCGAGGCGGUGGGAGCAUCACGGAGCCACCGGGACAGGCGCAGGGUCGGACCUCGGGGGAGUCGCACCUCCCUAGCGCGCUUGGACACCCUGGAUACGUCACUGGACUCCCCAGACGUGGACUGGGACCCCCACGGCUUUCUGAGUGAUGAGCACGAGGAGGCGUCGGAAAGCAGCGAACAAGAGAGGGUGGAGAUGAGGACACUAAGCCCGAGGAGGAGGCGGAGGAGGCGAGCUGAGACCAUAACCAUGCAGCCAUCUCCUCAGAGUCUAGAGGGUGAUGCGGGGAUCCAAAGUGAGGAGAGCAGUUUAGCCCAGACUGAGCCGCUUCCUUUUCCAUCAUUGCAAACACAGAUGCUUCCAGCAGCAGCGACGACCUCAACCCCCGAGCCCGAGUUACCUGUCGCCGGGGAAACCACGACAGAGGAGCCACUACGACCCACCGGCCCUGUGUCCCCAUCGCCUGCCGCCGUCACUCACAACACUCAGGAACAGCCGCCCAGCCAGUGUCCGUACUCGGCCCCCGACCCCUCAGAAAGCCCCCACAUAGCAGUGAUGGAUCUGAUCUACUGGAAGGACACAGAGCGAACGGGCAUGGUGCUGACAGGUUUAGUGGUGCUUCUGCUAUGCCUGUUCCAGCUCAACGUCAUCACGGUGGUCUCCACGGCGUCCCUGGCCAUCACGUGCGUCACCAUCUCUGUGCGCAUAUACUACAAAAUCCUCUACAUCCUCAACUGGGGCGACGGUGUACACCCCUUCAAGUCCUACUUGGACCUGGACAUCAGCCUGAGCGGAGAGCAGACGGACCUGUACAUGCAGAAACUCAUCGUCAUGACUCUUUCCGCCGUGGACAGUCUGAAAAGACUCUUCUUUGUCGGAAACCUCUUUGAAUCUCUCAAGUUGCUGUUUCUGCUGUACCUUAUCACAUACCUUGGGGAACUGUGCAAUGGACUAACCCUCCUCAUCAUAGGUGUGAUCGCUCUCUUUUCUUUGCCGCUUUUCUACCGUCAGCGUCAGGAGCAAGUGGACCGGGUGAUUGCAAAAAUCCAGGCUCAAAUUGACAACGUUAAGGACUUUCUACAAAGACUGGCCCAAGGUGGCGGCCCUCCUCCGGACAUGACCCCGGAUGUUGCCAAACCGAAAGGCCAAUAAACUCUCACGGACGUCAGUGUUGAAGAGGAAGAAGAAGCUGAGGGCCAUCACUGCGAUGUCUUACCCAGCAGUCUUGAGAGCUCCACCAGACCAGGAGUGGGGAGACGGGGGGGACGUUUACUGAACUGGAGGGUUUACAUGCGGUACUUCAUGUGCUAUUAACUUUCGAAGUUAUUCACAACUUACAAGUGGGGGUUAAAUGUCCAAAAGUGACGGUUGAAAAGCUGCCAUCCAAAUGAAGAAAAUGGAAACUUACCAAAGUGUGGCGAGGGAGGUGAGUUGAACUACACAAAAAAACACAGGGGUCAUCGUUAUUCAUUGUCAUGACUGAGUUGUGUGUGUGUCUGCGUGUGUGAGUGGUAAAUGAAAGUGUAACAAGCAAAGUCACUUCAUCUUUUCUUUUCGAGCUUUUGAUUUCCUCUUUCCUCCCAUCACAUUGCAUCUUGCAGUUUGACCAUCAAUACUUCAAAUACUUUAAAUGAAAUGCGUCUAAUUGUAGUGAAAAGAAGACCUUUAUGUGUUUACUUUUGAGGAAAUGUAAGAGCCGGUGCCUUUCUUACUGUAUAUUAUGUUAAUAACUCCUGACAAUGUUUGCUGCCCCUCAUCAUAGGAACCACUUCCCUUGUUUUAGCCUCAGACUUUUGUAUGAUGCCUUUGUGAUGACAUGGCCACUGUUAUCUUGGAGGUAAUAAUCACUUUUAGAAAUAAUAAAAAUUGUUCAGGAUAGUCACCAAACAAGUACAAGUCUCUUGCAUCGUGACACAAACACAACUAGCAU